AUGGGACUGCCUGCCUUGGAGUUUAGUGACUGUUACCUGGAUAGUCCGCAGUUCAGGGAGAGACUCAAGUCCCAUGAGCUGGAGCUGGACAAGACCAGCAAGUUCAUAAAGGAGCUCAUCAAGGACGGCAAAGCGCUCAUUCUGGCGCUCAAAAGUCUGUCCACAGCCAAGAGGAAAUUCGCCGACUCUCUUAACGACUUUAAAUUCCAGUGUAUCGGGGAUGCUGAGACGGAUGAUGAGAUAUGCAUAGCCAAGUCUCUUCAGGAAUUUGCAGCUGUUCUACAAAACCUGGAGGAUGAGAGGACACGGAUGAUUGAGAACGCCAACGAUGUGCUCAUUAUGCCUCUGGAGAGGUUCAGGAAAGAGCAGAUCAGUGCAGCUAAGGAAGCGAAGAAAAAGUACGACAAAGAAACGGAGAAGUACUGCGCAGUAUUAGAGAAGCACCUCAGUCUUUCGGCAAAGAAGAAAGAGUCGCAUCUGCAUGAGGCGGACAACCAGGUAGAUAACGUGCGGCAACAUUUCUAUGAGGUUUCUCUGGAGUAUGUCUUCAAAGUGCAGGAGGUCCAAGAGAGGAAGAUGUUUGACUUUGUGGAGCCUCUGCUGGCCUUCCUCCAGGGCCUCUUCACCUACUAUCACCACGGUUACGAACUGGCAAAGGACUUUAACCAUUUCAAAACAGAUCUCACCAUCAGCAUACAAAAUACGCGGAAUCGUUUCGAGAGCACAAGGUCGGAGGUGGAGAGUCUAAUGAGGAAGAUGAAGGAGAAUCCACAUGAACACAAGAGUAUUAGCCAGCACACAAUGGAAGGAUACCUCUAUGUGCAGGAGAAACGCUCCUUUGUGUCUACCUGGGUGAAGUACUACUGUACGUACCACAGGGAGCCCAAACGGGUCACGAUGGUCCUGUUUGAUCCCAAAUCAGGAGGCAAAACUGGUGAAGAGGAGAGCUUCAUCCUCAAGUCCUGCACAAGGAGAAAGACUGACUCCAUCGAAAAAAGAUUUUGUUUUGAUGUGGAAGCUGUGGACAGGCCAGGAAUGAUCACCAUGCAGGCUUUGUCAGAGGAAGAUAGGAGGUUGUGGAUGGAGGCCAUGGACGGGAGAGAGCCGGUGUACAAUCUCAACAAGGACAACCAGACAGAAGGCUUGGCCCAGCUGGAUGUGAUCGGGUUCAACGUGAUGAAAAAAUUCAUUUAUGCAGUCGAGACCCGAGGUAUUGAUGAGCAAGGCUUGUAUAGAAUCGUCGGUGUCAGCUCUCGAGUGCAGAAACUAUUGAGCCUUGCUAUGGAUCCCAAGACAUGCGCUGAUGUAGAGCUGGAAAGCUCGGAGUGGGAAAUUAAGACCAUCACUAGUGCAAUCAAACAUUAUCUAAGGGUGCUUCCUGCACCUCUCAUGACAUAUCAGUAUCAGAGGAGCUUCAUCAAAGCAGCAAAGUUAGACAAUCCCGAAGCAAGGGUGACAGAGAUCCAUAGUCUGGUGCACCGACUGCCUGAGAAGAACCGGCAGAUGUUGGAGCUGCUCAUGAAACAUCUCUCCAACGUGGCCAGUCACCACCAGCAGAAUCUAAUGACUGUGGCCAAUUUGGGCGUGGUGUUUGGGCCAACUUUACUCCGCCCACAGGAAGAGACGGUGGCGGCCAUCAUGGACAUCAAAUUCCAGAACAUUGUUGUGGAAAUCCUCAUUGAGCACCAUGAGAGGAUAUUCAAGGACCCACCAAACUCCGUUGGAGGCUUAACCAACUCUCAGGUCAACCAAUCCAGGAGAAGAAGCAGUGAGAGCAAAGUUCCAUCUUGCAUUGAGAGGCCUCUCACACUCUUCCAGACGCCAACACAUUCUCUCAAGGGUGAGAAGAGGAACAGCGUCAUUAACCCCGGAAUGGGCGAGCAACAGCAGGCAGUGUUGUCCUCGGCCAACUGCAACAGCAGCAGUAGUAGCAGCAGCAGUAGCGGCGGAAGCCAAGGUCUGACGCCCAGACACAGCCUGACCAGCAACGACGGAGAGCACGAAACGCGGCACAUUCGUCCUAUGUCGCUGUUGAACCCCAAAAGCCGAGGCACCAUCCCAGUUUGUGCAUUAUCCUCCAGUCCAAACUCCCCACGUUCUCCAUCUUGGCCCAUGUUCUCGGCGCCGUCCAGUCCGCAGCCCGUUUCUUCGGCCUCCAGCGACUCGUCCCCAAUCAGCAUUUCUGGCAAGAGAGCUCGGGCGCUGUACGCAUGCAAAGCGGAGCACGAAUCCGAGUUGUCCUUCAUAGCUGGCACAAUCUUUGACAACGUUCAUGCUUCCAGAGAGCCGGGCUGGCUGGAAGGAACGUUGGAUGGUCGAAUAGGACUCAUUCCUCAGAACUAUGUGGAAUUUCUAUAG